AUGCGCCGCACAGUUGCGGAGCGUCAGCAGCAGUCAUCUGGGUUUCUGUCAUACGUUAAUGGCGAGAGAGUUGAGGAUCCGAAGUUCGUCAUGCCGGCCACAGCUCAACUUGGCAUGAUCUCCAGGAGUACUGCAACGCCCUCGGCAGUAUCUAACAAUGACCUUACCUGCUGCUGGAACGCCUGUAGGCAACAGUUCAACACCCCAGAGUUGCUUUUUGAGCACCUUUGUGAGUGGCAUGUUGGCCGCAAAACUACCAAUAACCUCAACUUGACCUGCCAGUGGGGUGUAUGCCACACUGCCACAGUGAAGAGAGACCGCAUGAUAUCGCAUAUGCGUGUUCACGUACCGCUGAAGCCCUAUAAAUGUAAAGUCUGUGGGAAGUGCAUCAAGCGCCCCCAGGAUCUAAAGAAACAUAUCAAGUCCCAUGCCGAUCCAAUGGCCCUAGCCCAACCGCGCAAAGAGCCCUCGGGAGGACGUAAUGAUAGGCAGCUGUCAAGGAAUGGAUCAGCUACCCAUCAUGACCAGGGCAACCAGAUGCAAAUUAACACCGUAUCCCUUCACCAGGCAGCAUAUCCCAGCGGCCACUACGCUCCCCAGGCCUUGACUAGCUGUGGUCUAUACUUGAUCCGCCCUCCAGUGAAUAGUGCCCGCGUCGAAUAUUCCGGAUAUAGCACCGAGCCUAGGAGCUCUGACCAUAUCCGCACUCUUGGAUUGCUUGAUGACUCCGGCAAUUCCAAGUGCCAUCAAGUUGACUCACCGUCCCAUGCUCAAAUCGACCGCUUUUCGUUGCCUCUACAUUACUCCUUCUCAGAUCCCGACGGUCCCACGGCCCCAAGCAUUCCUCAGCCAGCGAAUCUAGCUGUCGCUCACGGGGAUCCUAUUGAGAGCUAUAAUUCAAUGAGGCAGCAGUAUCACUCGCCAGCACCUUACAUACAAGAAGGCCUCAACCGCAUCAACUACCUUGGCUAG